UCUAGAUAAUGCUAAUCAAUAAUGUUAUUGAUAAUAGCUGUAAAUGUGAUUGUGUAGCGCUGUACAUUGCUUUCACUAAUGUACUUCACAACAUGCCCUUUGUUUUUUGUUUUGUUUGUUGAUUUUGGUUUUAUCUGGCAGGCGCUUUUCCUUCUAAAAAGGUACCGGGCCCCUUUAAGAGGGGGCGGGUCCCCGCCAAAGGCGCCCUGGCCGCCGGCCAAUCGGAGGAAAAGCCGGACGUGACGUCGGCUAGAGCGUUGGGAAGUCGCUGGCCGACGCGCCAAAUUUCAAAGCACUUCCUGUCCGGAGGAAGAAAGCCGAGCAGGAGAAGGCCCACGGCGGCCCGGAGGACGGCGACGACGGCGACCCAAGCCCAAGCCGAACUUCCCCGCGCACCUCGGCGCCUGCUCGACGGCCGUUCAGCAGCAGGAGGAGCAGCCCGUUGACGUCGGCUGGGUGUCAUGAUGCGGAGGGAGCACAAACUGUGAAUCGUUAACGCACAAAGGAACUUUCUUUUUCGUCUGACACAAUUUUUGUCUUUAGUCACUAACCCCUCAGUGGGGAGACCCCCCCGCCCCCGUCCCCGCCCCCCCCCCCCCCACCAUUUGCAUCAGCUCAGACGACCUCAUUUAUUAACGCCAGAUGGCGUUUAGCCCGCCGCAGACGUCUUCGGCGGAAUAAUUUACCACAGGCAGAGCGAGUCCCCGAAUGCAGCGCGGCCCGCUGGGGCGGGCGGCUUCUCCGGGACAAAGGCGUCCGUCAUGCUGUCGGGGGCCCAGCCGUGCUUCCAGCUGCUCCGCAUCGGCGCCUCGGCGGGGGGCCCCGCGCGGGAUCUGUACACUUUCCGGCCGGCGCCCGGCCACUCGGUCUUCCGCCUGGGCAGGGCGGACCAGCUGUGCGACGUCACGCUGGACUCGCCGGCCGUGUCGCGCGUCCACGCCGAGCUGCACGCCGAGGGCCAGGCGGCGCACGAGGAGGGAUGGCGGGUCCACAUCAAGGACAGGAGCACUCACGGUCAGAUGCACCUGGGUGAACGAGGUCCGCCUGCAGGCGGGCGUCCGAUGGGAGCUGUCGGACGGCGACGCGCUGACCUUCGGGGGUCACCCGGCUCCCGGGAGCCCCGAGUUCUACUUCCUCUUCCAGAAGGUCAAAGUUCGUCCGCUGGACUUCGACGCCAUCACGGUUCCGAAGGCUGGCGCGUUUUCGUCCGACCUGCAGAACCGGAUCAGAACCAACCCCGAGCGCGAGGCGGCGGCGGCGGCGGCGUGCGUGAAUCCGAACAAGCUGUCACUCAACCGCUCCACCGUCAUCCUGGACUCCAUCGGCAGCCUGAGCAAGAUGAAGGGCAGCGCGUGGACCUUCCGGAGGAGCCGCUGGCACGAGGGCGCCGCCUCCGACCCGGGCUCCUCGUCCUCGCCGCCCCGCCCUCCUCCUCCUCCUCCUCCGCCGCCGCCGUCGUCCUCGCCCGCCGCCUCCUCCUCCUCGCUGCCCCCCAAGUCUCUGGCGCCGGCCUCCAGGAGCCGCAGGAAGUCUGCGCACACGGUGCUGCUGGAGGACGGCAGCUCGGACGAGUCUCCGAGCGGGACGGGUGAGAGGACGCGGGCCCCCCCCCGCCGCAUCAGCCCGGAGGAGGAAGCGACGCCGCGGCGAGGCGGGAAGAAGCGUCGGCUCUACAAGUCGGACUCGGAGGCUCUCCGCUCGCCGCCGCCUUCUCGCCCGCGUCCCCGGGAAGCCGAGCCCUUCCCGGUGGGCAUCAGGACCAUCGGCAGCUUCCACGGCGCCGUGACCAACGCCCGCCUGGACCACCGCCGCCGCGUCUUCCCCCCGCCGCCGAGGCAAGGCCGCCUUCGCGACGUGGCCGCCUUCUGCCAGCAGAGAGCCGCCGCCGGGGGGCGUCGGAGGGCUCACGGCUUGCCGGUUUUCUCCCCGCUGGUGGUGGGAGGGGAGAGCUACAACCCGGCGUCGCCCUCGGCGAGGGUUUGCGCGGCGCCGAGGGGCCGCGCGGCAUUCAACGGGUUCCGCCAGCAGCCCAGCAAGCGUCGCGGCCGCCCCAGGAAGCACCCCCUUCCCCCUCGGCCCUCCCUGCCCUCGCCUUCCUCCUCGUCUUCCUCCUCCACCUCUUCGGGCUCGUCCUCCUCCGGCUCGUCAUCCGACGAGGACGACGACGCAGAGGAGGCGACGCCGGCCGGCGGGUCGGGGGAGCCGUGCGCGGCCCCCCGCUGCCUGCUGCCCCAGCAGGACCCGGUCCAGUGGAUCCAGUGCGACGUGUGCGACGCCUGGUACCACAUCGAUUGUCUCCGCGUGGACCGCAAAAAGCUGCUGAGGGACCCCAACGCCGAUUUCCACUGCGGCCGCUGCUGAGGUGCACCGCGCGCGCUUACUCGAAGUCACGACGGACCGCCGACUUCCUCUUGCUGCCGUGCGGGAGUCCGGCGACUCGGGUGGGAUUUUAGGGUCGAACGUGAUGAAAUUCUCGAUCCGGACAAAGACGACUUUCUGCCGCCUCAGCUGCAAUCGAUCUUUGUCCGCACAGUGACUUGAAACGCGAAUGAGGCCUUAUCGGUUUUUGCGGAGGAUGAAGAUGAUGCUCGGGACAAUAAUGCGAUGCCCCACCGCCGCUGUACACGGGCAGAUGGCAGCUGCCCGGAUCGUAUCCUGGCAGCGUCGCCAAAGGCCACUUUAUGAGGUACCCCAUCUAUUGAGAUCCAAUGACCAAAAAAAAUCAGCCUUACAAAAAGAACACUUGGUUAUGAUUGACACCCAGGCAGCAGCGUAUUGCCAUAUUUCGGAAUCACAUUUGUAAGGCCUCAAAAUACUAAAAAGAAAAUCAUCAGUGUACGAUGUUAAGGGGGUCCGCGACAUGACCCCUGUGGCACAUCGCCUUGAAAGUUAGGGAAAACAAGAAUUGGCCCCCAACACCAGUCUGACUUCUGAUGAGUGCCUCAAAUUUGUGGGGGCCUCAAAAUGCUAAAAAAAUCAUCAGUGUACGAUGUUAAGGGGGUCCGCAACAUGACCCCUGUGGCACACCGCCUUGAAAGGCAGGGGGGGAAAAAGACACCUGACACCAGUCUGACUUCAGAUGAAUGAAUCCCAUUUUUAGGGGAGAUCAACAUGCUCCUCUGCUUCACUUUGAAAAACAAUGCAGAUGGGUGACUCUAAAGAUAAUAUACCUAAUGAGGUUAACACAUGAUUAAACAUUUCUCUCUAUGAUCCACUGCAAACCCAAUAAUACUAUUAAAGCAUUACCUCUGUCAAUCAAAACGUAAACAAGUUUGUAAAGGCAGUAUUUUUAUAUUGUUAUGAAAUGGUGUACCUAAUAAAGUGCCAGGUGAUUCUUUGA